AUGUCAUGUCACGGUCUAUGCGCUCACGUGACGCGCAUCGUUGUCACGUCACACUUUAUGUGCUCACGUACCGUCGUCGGACCGAUAUCCUUGGACACGUUCUCGCUGCUUGGCACGGAAGUCCCAGCGACGCCACCGAUGCAGCUGUGCUCGGCGCGCGUCGUGCGCGUCGGAGCAAACUUGCCAUGCCACGUGAAGCCGUCGACUAUCGCCGACAUCAACGCUGCCGGCACAACGUACACGAAUCGUACGAUCAGUGGCAUCAUAGACAUGGCGACGAUCGCUCUUGGCACCUGCGCCAACGUCGGUGAUGAUAGCGUCGCGUACACUAAUGGAGAAAACAACGUAGAGAUAAAGCUCGCCUUCAAGCUCGCGAAAGAUUCGGAUCUUGGCACCGUCAGCAAGGUGUCUGCCGUAAUGCAGUACAGUGAGACGGGUCUGUGGAUAGGCCUAAUGUCUUUCACCACAGUCGAUACUUACACGCCUGUGAGUAAGAUUUCCUACUCGUUAUAG